CGUAGAAGCCGAAGUGCGCAUGCGCCGGUUUUGGGUCAACAAUGGCGGCUUGCUUUGGGACGUGUAGGUUACAAAUGAAAGGAGCAGAACGGUUUGUUAAAUUGGGACAAAAAGCGGAUUUACGAAGUCGGCAGAUGCUCAACAGGUCCACCUUUGCAACUAAGACCCAGACUGUUAAAAAGACGUUACAAGCUGCAGCAGGAAAGGAAUCGUUUUUUGCUCUCCAAGAGGAACGACGAGAACAAGCUGAGAGGUCUGUCCUCAUCAGCUGCCCUCCAAACAUCAACCAGAAAAGGUUUUUAGACUACAUCUCCAAACAUGGACACAUACAGAACCAUUUCUUCUAUCAGUCUUAUGGUAUUUAUGCAGUGGUGGAAUUCUCUACAAAGGAGAACAUCAAGGCUCUGAAGGCAAACUGCACCAUACCGAGUGUCCAACAUGAAGCAGCCGUGCCUUUCAAAUCCCGUCUCCUCUCACUGAAAUGGACAGGGCAAGGCAGCCAGUCAAAUGCCUCAAACACGCUGAAGUUCCAAAAGCAUUUACCUAUUCCUAUCAAUGAACUCACUCAGCAUCUCUGCAGACAAGAGAGUAUAGAUCAGCAGCUGCAGUGUCUGACUGAUCUUUAUCAGCUGACCGACGAAAACAUCAGUUUACGCUUCUUGGUCUGUUCACUGCUUAGAGACAUUGCUGCUGCUUAUUUCCCAGAAUGCAUCAUCAGGCCUUUUGGCUCCACUGUAAACAGCUUUGGAAAACUGGGCUGUGACCUGGACAUGUUCCUGGAUCUAGAUGGCAUUAGUGGGCUGAACCAAAGAAAGGGUUCUGGUCUGUCCCUUGAGUAUCAAGUAAAGCAGGGGACGUCAGAGCGGACGGUCACGCAGAGCAUCCUGUCUGUUAUCGGUGAAUGUUUGGACCAGUUCGGCCCAGGCUGUGUGGGCGUUCAGAAAAUCCUUAAUGCUCGCUGCCCCCUCGUCCGAUUCGCUCACCAGCCUUCCGGCUUUCAGUGUGACCUUACCGCAAAUAACAGGGUGGCGAUGAAGAGCUCAGAGUUGCUGUUCGUGUAUGGGAUAUUGGAUGCACGUGUGCGCCAUCUGGUGUUCGCUAUUCGAUGCUGGGCUCGUGUGCACGGCAUCACCAGCAGCAUUCCUGGAGCCUGGAUCACCAACUUCUCCCUUACAGUCCUUGUGCUGUUCUUCCUCCAGCGCAGGACGCAGCCAUUACUGCCCACUCUGGACCAGCUCCGAGACCUUGCAGCCCCCUCAGAUCAGUGCAUUAUCGAGGGGAAUGACUGCACAAUCGUCAGUGACCUAAGCAAGAUUAAACUACAGAAAAACACAGAUACACUAGAGAUGCUGCUGCAGGAGUUCUUUGAGUUUUAUGGCAAUUUUGCUUACAGUUCCACGUCCAUCAACAUAAGAAAGGGAAAAGAGCAGAACAAACCAGAGUCAACCCCUUUGCACAUCCAGAACCCAUUCGAAACGGGUCUCAACGUUAGCAAAAACGUUAACGCUACACAGCUGGAGCGAUUCGUGGCACUCUGUCGUGAGAGCGCUUGGCUCCUUGAGCAGAAAGAGGUGCGUAAACGGAGUCCCGUUCAAUCAGCGGAUGUAAUCCCGCCUUGGGGACUCGCUGCCCUCCUGUUGCCUUCUGUUGCUCAGUCAGCAGGGGUGAAGGGUCGCAGGAAGAAGAAGCAUCAUCCGGCAAGCGAGAGGAUAAAGUCUUUGCUGGAGUCAAUAAAGAGCAACAGUGGAGGAGUAGGUGUGAAACAGAGUGCUGUUAAUAGUCACCAGUAGGGGGCAGCAUGCUUCUGGACUUCAACGGGCCUGCCUGUGGGUAUGAAACAACCGAGAAUGGUUCACAAACUCAGAGCGUUCAAGUCGGGCUGUGGGGAGUCUAUCCUGGAGAAUCGGCUCUGCUGUCUGAUGUUUUACCACAGCCCAGACAGUUUGAACCACAAUAACAAAACAACGGCACAUCCAUUAAUAAACCUACAGUGGUUCUCUUAAGGUAUUGUGGGCUUUUUUUUUUUUUAUUUGUGUGAAAAAGAAGCCUGGCAGUUUAUUGUUUCUUUGACUGUGAUGGAUAGCUGACAGUGGAGAUUCACUCACUUUGCUCAGAUUAAAGGGAUCAUGGCAUUGUAGUGAACCAGACAGGCAGCAUUGUGGUAUAAAGCCAUAUGGCGUCUCCAUGAAUGUGUGCUCUGUGGUAAUGUGGGAUUCGUCCACCAAGUUAAUGUACAUAAACCAGAAAGACAUUUGCCUUUUUCCUAUAUGCAAAUAUAAUUAACUCUGUUUUAUAUGAGAUUAAAUUACUUUAACAAAA